UAACUGCCCAAGCAAGCGCUAUGACCCGGAAGUUGAUUGCUUAGUGCGUAUCGCGUGUGGAAGUAUUCAGUUUUUCUCUGUGAAAGUUGUUUAAAAAUGUCUGCUUCCUUGUCCCAGCAGCUUGAGGAUUUAUUAAACCCUUUGCCUAAAUUUACUGACCCAGAGGAUGAUCCUGAUGAAGUCACUGCAGCCAGAGUCAUUGACAGGUUUGACGAAGAUGGAAAUGAAAGUGAAAGCCUUAGCACUGGCAAGAUCAGAAGGCAUGCUUCGGCAUUUUUGUUGGAAAAUGACAAGCGAUACUUUGGAAAAGUAACAUCACGAAAGGCUCUGCAGCAAGAAUCAGAAGAAGUGUCACACUCAGAGGAGUCUGGUGAUGACAUGGAAUCAGGGGAAGAAGAUGAGGAAUCUCUUGAGGGUGAAGAAUCUGCAGACUCUUCUGAAGUGUCCAAGGAUGCCAGCAAAAAGCAGCUAGAUUGUGACAGUCAGCAGCAUGAAAGAGAUGCCAGAAAACAGGAACAAAAAUCCCACAGCGACAACUUCAUAAAUGGGUACAAGGAGUUCAGCUUCCAGAAAAUCAGUGACUUAGAGAAAUUUACAGAAGGAAUGGAUGAUAUCAGGCAGAGCGGUGAGAGUGGUGAUGAUACUGUGAGUGAAGAUUACAGUGAAGAGGAAGAAACAGAGUCAGAUGGUGGAGAGGAUGAAGUUCUGGGAGAAGAAGAAGAAGAUGAGGAGGAAGAAGAGAAAGUGGAAGAUGAGGAUGAUAAAGGAGUUAUGGCCUUUACUAAACAAAAAGUUAAUGAAGAAGUGGGGAAAGGAAGAGCUGUGAAGAACCAAAUAGCAUUGUGGGAUCAAAUUUUAGAGGGACGAAUCAAACUUCAGAAAGCUCUCUUGACAGCCAACCAGCUUCCACAACCAGAUGUUAUCCCCAUAUUUAAAAAGAAAGGAGGGCAGGAGUUUGCAACUGCUUUAAAAAGUAGCUAUAAAGCACUGAAAGCUCUUCUCAGAACCCUAGUAGAGCUGCAGAAUGACUUGUUGUACCAGUAUCCAGAGACCAAGCGUUUUGUUGAUGGGAGUAGUUCAAAACCAGACAGUGAUGAAGAAAUACAUAGUGCCAGUGAAGCAGCAGAUAGCGAAGAAGAAGAAAACAGAAAAAGGAGGCCUGCUAAGCGGAAAUUUGAAAUGGAUGAGUACCCAGACUUUAUGGCAAAAAGAUUUGUUGACUUCAGAACAUACCGUAAUACCACACUACAGAAAUGGCAUGACAAGACAAAGCUAGCCUCUGGUAAAAUUGGAAAGGGGUUCAGUGCCUUUGACCGCUCAAUUCUGACUCAAAUUGAUCAAAUUAUGAUGGACAAAGAAAGGCUUCUUCGGAGAACACAGAGCAAACGUUCCACAUACAGAGUUUUGGGAAAACCUGAACAGGAAGAUCAGCCAGUGCUGGAGGAGGACCCUGGCGAAACAGAAGUAUUGCCAGCAGGAAAAGCCAAUGCUCAUCUAAAAGACAUAGAUGAAGAGAUCUUUGAUGAUGAUGACUUCUACCACCAGCUUCUCCGUGAACUAAUAGAGAGGAAAACUAGUGUUCUGGAUCCAAAUGAUCAAGUUGCAAUGGGACGGCAGUGGUUGGCAAUUCAGAAGCUGAGAAGUAAAAUCAAAAAGAAAGUAGACACAAAAGCAAGCAAAGGAAGGAAAAUAAGGUAUCAUGUCCAUAGCAAGCUAGUAAGCUUUAUGGCCCCUGUUGACCACAGUACAAUGAAUGAUGAUGCUAGAACUGAGCUUUAUAGAUCAUUGUUUGGUAAAGUCAAGUUGGCGGAAGCGGAACGAAUUCUGGACUAGUGACAUAUGAUACUGCACAUGACUGAAUGGAAGAUGGCUAGCCUGACAUUCGGCUGAAAUAUUUGAGUUGCAUUGGCAUGCAUGAUGUUAAAUUGUGCAGGCCUUUCUAAGCUGGUGUGUGAUCCAAGAACCCACAAAACAGAAGCUGUAUUUCUUCUCUUCAUUGAACAUUUUCUAGACAUUUUGUUCCCAAGCCUCAUUUGUUGGUAAAAUCAUAGUUGUACAGCAACCACCCUGUGUAUGGUAUCAAGCAUCACUAUUAAUAAUUAAGGAAGCAUCAUCAUUAGGAUUAUUUGGGUUAAUUGUUAACUUGUUUAGAUCGAGAGAGGGAGACAUGAGUGUUCUGUAUGACCAGUCAUUGUUAAGUAGCAGCAGUAUUUCUUCUGGGUGCCUCCUACUUUGUACCAUCAUUGCUGUUAAAAAUGUUAGCUUAUUUCAUAUCUGUUGCAUUUGUCAGGAGAUGAUUGUAGUGCUGUAAAAUUCCAUGUUGUAAGCAUUUUUUCUGAAUACAUUUCAUCUUAAUAUGUAAAAAACAUGUUGAGGUGGACUGUAACAGAGGCUGACUUUUGAGAUGUUUUCUUGCCUGCAACCUGAACCUUGGACCGGCAGUGGUUUAGGUCUGUUACUUAGCCUAACAUUACCAGCUGUUACACAUGAUGCCUUUGUGCCACUGCAAGUAUCAGGUGCUGUGCAUGAUAUCUCUUGCCCACUGGGAAUGCCAUUUGUUGUUCAUGGUAACCCCUGCUUCACUAACCAAUAUAAACUGAUGUCAUUUUUCUAUCUCAUCAGAAACUCAGAAAGAGCAUUGAAAGUGAAGAACUGACAUAUUCACAAUAUUUUAACUGGCUCUGAUUUCUCUCUCUCUCUUUUUGUUCCUUAUUUGGGAAAAUAAACCUCAUUCAGAACAUUCACACUUUUCCACACACCGCAUAACAUCACAGAUUUUUUAAGUCUUUUCUUGGAUGCUUAAGUAAGAACUGCUGUUCUACUGGUGUGUGUGUGUGUGUGUGUGUGUGUGUGUGUGUGUGUGUGUGUGUGUGUGUGUGUGUGUGUGUGUGUGUGUGUGUCACAGAGUGCUAAUACUCAAUACACCUACAUUUUAGUUCUUGAAUUUUUUUUUUUUUAUAUACAGAUAAUGAAGAACAAGGACUUCUAUAGGAGGUCAUCUGAAAAUAAGUUUGGGAAAGCAUAUAGCCUGACUCUAGUGUUUGAAGUAAACUGAGAUAAUCUCAAAUCUCAGUCAUACUAAUCAACUCUAAAUAAUCACCUUAUGCUUCUUUGCAGAUAGACACUCAGAUCACGUUUGCUAUUCAGUUUAAGAUAUUUCUCUGAGUGUUAAUCCAUAGAUUUUUAAAUCCUUUAAUAAAUUGCGGAACAGUCUUUCUGCUGCUAGUGCACCGUGCUUAUCAGAAUUCCUGAACCCUUGCCUACUAAUCUGCAGGCUGUAGUUUUAAUAUGCUAAAAAAAAAUUGCAAACUUUCAAAUUUGCUGAGUUAAAUUGAGAACACAUUUUUAUUAUUAUUAAGUUUUUUUGCCAUUAAAUUUCUUGCAUUCAGUACUGUCUUUAAGCUUUCUGCAUCUUCAGCCUACUCUGUAAAAGUGACAUGUAUCUGCAUGGUCUCAUUCCUGCAGUUUCAAAGGGGGUUAAGGAAUGCAUUUUUAAGAAAACUAUGCUUUACACUUGGCAUAAGCAGUGGAUUUUUGCUGCUUUGGGUUUCCCUUCAGAGGAAGAUACCCUUUUUUUCUGUUGAUGACUGUAUGCAAGUGGCAUUCAUUGUCACCUUUGUAAAGAACUUCCUGUCAAAAAUGCAAGACCAGAUGCUCUGAUGCUUGAAACUGUGAACAGUAAUAAGUUCACAGUAAAAGAGUGAAUUGGAAAAUAAGCAUAAAGCACCCCUGCUUCCCCUGGCAUGGGAGGUUGUGUCUUUCACACACCUGCUUAACUAUAUAUAUAAUAAGUCCAGUCAUCUUACCUCAGAGUAGGGGAAUUCUCUUAGGAACCAUAACUACACUUUGUAUAUAUUUCCCUCUUUUGCUGUUAAAGGCUCACAAUUCUAAGCAUCAUGUUUACAUCCGUGAAAUUAAAACAGGCACACUUUGUAAAGCCUGUGAUGGCAAGAGAGCAUGGCUUAUUUGGACAGGUGGGCAUUUCUGCAUUUCAUCUAGAACUUGAUGAUUUAGUGGUUAGAUCUGUGAUUCAUAGAUUCAAGGUAUGGGGUUCACAGCUUGUGAAGCUUUGUAUGUUCUGUCCAUGUCUGCCUUGAUUUUUUCUGGGUAUUUGGGAUUCCUUUUCCCGCCCAAAAAAAAAAAUUCUGGUUUACUGGCCACACUAAAUUGUCCAUAGAUACUGGUGUGUAUGUUGUUUUUACCCUUGUUGAAGCUGUAAAGGGUUCAAGAAAUUCCCCUUUACUUAUCUGUUAGCUAAACAAUAAAUAAGCAUAUAAGGUUGCGAACAAAAACGCGGAGAUGUACUUAAACCAUACUUAAUAUUUACUGAAGUUAUUCUUUUCUCCCUGCUUUACUUCCACACUUCCAGAGUGAUCAUAGUCAGGGACUCUCAGUGUAAGUAUGUUGGUUUAUAAAAGAAUAUGAAGAACCCUGCACACUUUUCCUUAUUAACAAAUAUAAGGCUGUAUGAAAUCUAGACAUCUCCAUAGAUAGGUUAUGUGUAGAUUUUGUUGUUGGUUAUGAAGGUGUUCUAAUUAGAAAGAAUAUUAAACUUUUGUCACAUCAGCAGUCUUUCACAUUUAAGGCUCUUACAGAAAACAUUACAUUUGUGCAGCUUUGUUAUACAAAAGCAUACUUUUUGUGUAUGUUUUGUACAGCAUUUUUAAGGCCUGUAAAAUAAAUGUAUAGACUUUGGUUUUCUUAAAAUUUAGAUGUAUUUUCUUUAUUUGUUGAAAAUCAUUUUUAUGUCUGAUUUGACCAUAAUAAUACCUGCCUUUCUCUUAGGUUUCUUCAUUUAAGAAAAAUAAACUUCAUAUAUUUAUUUGCA